UUCACAAAUUGACCAAGAGUGUGAAGGUUGACGUAUCCACAAAAAAAGAAGACAUGGACAGCAGACUGGUGUGUUUGGUGGUGUUUGUGAUCUCCUCUGCGGUGCCGUACACCAAGGCUAAUGGGAUCAUAACACCUUUAAAUUAUAACUUCACCCACAGUGACUGUGGAACAACCAAACUCUGUGUGGAAAAACCAAAUGCAUGUAACCCUUCAGGCACCUCCGAGUGCUUCUUCGCCUCUACGAGAAUCAACAUCACAGAUAAGAGUCUGGCCAUUGAGCUCAGCGGUUCCUCCAUCGGUUACAUCGCCCUCGCAGCGGGACUUAGCUCCAACCUGUCUAAGGGGGAUAAUGCUAUCUUUGUCUGUGGCAAUAACAGUGGCACAUUCUUCUUCGAAACAGGAGGUUUCCAAAACAAAAUCGUGACUGUAAUUCCUUUCAAUGCAAGCAACAUCCAGUACCGUCUGAAACAGCCGAGUGUAAUUCAGUGUGCUUUCACCAUCCCCAUCAAUUUGUCUAAUAACAAUAUAAACAUCUUGGGCAUCAACUUUAACAAGACAAAAAUUCCUGUAUUCCUUGAGGUCUAUAAAGGUUCAUACAAUGGUGGUGUUUUUGGAGAGCCGAUGACUGCUUUUGGCUCCUCUGUUUCUGUAGAUCUGGCUGAUGUUAAGUCUUCUGGUGCCACAAAUUCAAUCUCCACCACCACUGCUCUUGGUCUGCUGGCUGCAGUCGCUCUGCGUUUUCUCUGAAGGACUUGAGGAAAAGAUGUUGUAGUUGUGCAAUGAGUGUCUGUGAUGUAGAAUGUGUAUUUGAUGUUUAACCUCUGGUAGGAAGAGUAGAUUAUUCUCCACUGUGUUUUGGUAUUGGUCUGUAUGUAAAGCCAACUCUUUUAACUCAGGUGCUUUAAUAGUACUGGAUCUUUAUCAUUUAUUACUGGUGGAAAUGAUCAUCAAAACUCACUUUUAUAUUUUGCCGGUGAUUUGAAGUUACAUUAAUGCUACACUGAUGACAAUAAAACGUGAAUAAUUUAACUAAUGUAAUUUAACAAAUAUUAGACAACAGUGUUCUUUUGUGAUGUUAAAUACUGAAGAUGAACACUACAUAAAUGAAACUCCUUGUUUUGGGAAACUGAUGGCAUUUUCUCUCUUUCUUCGCGUGAUUUCAUUUAUCAGUUAUAGAUUGAUAUAGAUAUACUUGUCAAACUUUUUUUUAUAUUUAAGUCAGACAGACACAGAUCUUAAAGCUGAAAAUAUCUGUGGGGAAAAUGUGACAAAAUGGAACCUGCUAUUAAAAAGAACAAUAAGACAAUAUAAAAAACAUGUAUUUAAAGUAAACAACAUUGAGACAAUGUUAAUAAAUUGACCUGAGAAAACAGUU